GUCGCGCUGUUUAGUUGAAAUAGAAACGUUAACAAUGCCUCAACUGCUACGGCAACUGCCCGUUUCUCCCACGGCUACAAUGCACGAUCCACGGACGACAAUCCGAAACCUGCCACCGGCCUACAGUCCCGCACAGACGCCGCUUAGCAGAGAGAAGGAUUUUGCCCCACAGGUGCGCUAUCAUCUGGAGCUGCCACACAAGCCAAAGUUUCGGCCCUGCAAGGUCAUCUUUGUGGGCGACUGCUCCGUGGGCAAGACGGCCAUAGCCAAUCGCUUCUGCUAUGACAAGUUCCAGUCCAACUACAAGGCAACAAUUGGUGUGGACUUUGAGCUGGAGAACUUCAAUAUCCUUGGUCACAAUUACUGCCUGGAGAUGUGGGAUACGGCCGGACAGGAGCGCUUCAAGUGCAUCGCUGGCGCUUAUUAUCGCAAUGCAAGUGUUAUUGUGGUGACCUAUGACAUGUCGAGACGCGAUACCCUGGAAUCGGCCAAGAAAUGGCUGGCCAGCGCACUCAACUACAAUACAAGCCACAGACCAUUGGUCUUUCUAGUGGGCACAAAGGCAGAUCUCUUGACAAAGGAGGAAUUCAUCCGAAUGGAGCGCUUGGCGGGCAUGGCCGCCGCCGAACUUCAGGCCGAAUAUUGGUCCGUUUCCGCGCGUUCCGGGUUCAAGGUGACGGAACUGUUCCAACGGCUUGCUGCAUUGGCCUUUGAGGAGGUGGUGAAUCAGCAGAUGGGAUCCCUCAAACACACAGCACGGGGGCAAGCGACGCUGCCAUCUGUGAAAUCGCAAACAUUUGAUUUACGUAGCUAUUUCAGCAGUCGCUUCUCAAGACAAAAAAGUGGAUGUGCUUGCUAGCCCUUAGCUUAUUUAAUUAAAACUUAUUAGAUUACAAAUUAUAACUGACCGCUGAUUUAUCGAUAUAAUAAACCGCACGCCCCUAAAAAGUAUACCAA